CAUGCUGCCCGGCGUGGGGGUGUUCGGCACGGGGCUCACGGCGCGGGUGAUCGUGCCGCUGCUGAAGGCCGAGGGCUUCGCCGUGAAGGCGCUGUGGGGCCGCACGGCCGAGGAGGCGGAGGAGCUCGCCAAGGAGAUGAGCGUGCCCUUCCACACGAGCCGCAUCGACGAGGUGCUGCUGCACCACGACGUGGACCUGGUCUGCAUCAACCUGCCGCCGCCGCUCACGCGCCAGGUCGCCGUCAAGACCCUCGGAAACAAAACAAAAGCUUUCAAUAAUAACGAAAACAAGCGCAAGUCUUCCUGCAAGUACAAGAACAUGAAAACUGGCUGUUCUUUCUCACUGAGGCUAUCUGAACCAGACAGCCUUUCCCCUUUCAUCUUUAAAGUCGUUGAUUUAAGGAAAGAGAAUGAUUAUACAAUCAUUAAGGAUAAUGGCUAUUUACUUUUGGAAACAAUAGACUUGAUGGACCGCAAAAAGUGA